AUGUCCUUGACGACUGCUGCUCCACUUUUAGCAUUAUUGAGAGAGAAUCAGGAUUCCGUUAAGACAUAUGCCUUAGAAUCUAUAAACAAUGUUGUAGACCAAUUAUGGUCUGAGAUCUCGAAUGAAUUGCCGGAUAUUGAAGCAUUGUAUGAUGAUGAUACCUUUUCUGACCGUGAAAUGGCUGCUUUGAUUGCCUCUAAAGUUUAUUACAAUCUUGGUGAAUACGAAUCGGCUGUGAAGUAUGCGCUUGCAGCAAAAGAUCGUUUUGAUAUAGAUGAACAGUCCCAAUUUGUUGAAACUAUAGUCUCAAAGAGCAUUGAGAUGUAUGUCCAAAAGGCCUCCAAACAAUACACUGAGGACGAACAAUUUUACACUAAGGAUACCAUUGACCCAAAGUUGACGUCCAUUUUUGAGCGGAUGAUAAAAAAAUGUUUAAAAGCUUCAGAACUAAAAUUAGCUUUAGGAAUUGCCCUGGAAGGUUAUAGACUAGAUAUCAUUGAAAGUGCUUUAAAAAACAAAUUGGAUCAGGAUUCCUCCUCUGAAAAUGUUAAAACCAUCAAUUACUUAUUGACUCUAGCUACAACUACCGUGACAAAUUCCAAGUUUAGAUCCUCAAUAUUAAGAAAAUCCUUUGAUUUUCUGAUGAAUAUGUCUAAUUGCGAUUACUUGACGCUCAAUAAAGUGGUUGUAAAUUUGAAUGAUGCCGGAUUGGCGCUCCAGCUAUUUGAGAAAUUAAAGGAAGAAAAUGAUGAAGGAUUAUCUGCCCAAAUUGCUUUCGAUUUAGUUUCAUCUGCGUCUCAACAGUUACUUGAGAUAUUAGUAACCGAAUUAACUGCUCAGGGUUACGAUUCUGCUUUAUUGAACAUUCUAUCAGGUCUACCGACCUGCGAUUAUUACAACACCUUCCUUUUGAAUAAUAAAAACAUUGACAUUGGACUUUUGAACAAGUCUAAAUCAGCUUUGGAUGGGAAAUUUUCUUUGUUCCAUACCGCAGUCAGUGUUGCCAACGGUUUUAUGCACGCUGGUACGACUGACAAUUCGUUCAUCAAGGCGAACUUGCCAUGGUUAGGCAAAGCUCAAAACUGGGCUAAAUUUACGGCUACAGCCUCUUUAGGUGUCAUUCAUAAAGGUAAUUUAUUAGAGGGUAAAAAAGUUAUGGCCCCUUACUUACCAGGCAGUCGAGCUUCUUCUAGAUUUAUCAAAGGUGGUUCGCUGUAUGGUUUGGGUUUAAUUUACGCUGGUUUUGGUCGUGACACCACCGACUACUUGAAAAACAUAAUAGUCGAGAAUAGUGGAACCACUGGCGAUGAAGAUGUAGAUGUUUUAUUACACGGUGCUUCCUUAGGUAUUGGUCUUGCUGCUAUGGGUUCUGCUAAUAUUGAAGUCUAUGAAGCCUUAAAGGAGGUUCUGUACAAUGACUCUGCUACAUCUGGAGAAGCUGCUGCAUUAGGUAUGGGUCUCUGUAUGCUAGGAACAGGUAAGCCUGAAGCCAUUCACGAUAUGUUUACAUAUUCUCAAGAAACCCAGCAUGGUAACAUUACUCGUGGUCUAGCCGUUGGCCUAGCCUUAAUAAAUUACGGCCGUCAAGAAUUGGCUGAUGCUUUAAUUACUAAGAUGUUAGCAAGUGAUGAAUCCUUAUUACGUUAUGGUGGUGCAUUCACAAUCGCGUUAGCGUAUGCGGGUACGGGCAAUAAUUCAGCUGUCAAGAGGUUGCUGCACGUGGCAGUGUCAGAUUCUAACGAUGAUGUCAGGAGGGCAGCAGUCAUCGCAUUAGGUUUUGUUCUCUUACGUGAUUAUACUACCGUACCAAGGAUUGUCCAACUUUUAUCUAAAUCGCAUAAUGCCCAUGUCAGAUGUGGUACUGCAUUCGCUCUUGGAAUUGCUUGUGCUGGCAAAGGUCUACAAUCAGCUAUUGACGUGCUAGAUCCACUAACAAAGGAUCCUGUAGAUUUUGUUCGUCAAGCUGCCAUGAUUGCUUUAUCUAUGAUUUUAAUUCAGCAAACAGAAAAAUUAAACCCUCAAGUUGCUGAGAUUAACAAAAAUUUCUUGAGCGUGAUUACGAAUAAACACCAAGAAGGUUUAGCUAAAUUCGGUGCAUGUGUGGCGCAAGGCAUAAUGAACGCUGGUGGGCGUAAUGUUACAAUUCAGCUGGAAAAUGCGGAUACAGGCACAUUGGACACCAAGUCUGUGGUUGGUUUGGUCAUGUUCUCACAAUUCUGGUACUGGUUCCCACUGUCUCACUUUUUGUCUCUUUCUUUCACUCCAACAACAGUCAUCGGUAUCCGGGGUAGCGAUCAGGCUAUACCUAAAUUCCAAAUGAACUGUUAUGCUAAAGAAGAUGCUUUCAGUUAUCCGAAGAUGUAUGAGGAAGCAAGUGGUAAAGAAGUAGAGAAGGUGGCAACGGCAGUUCUCUCCACCACAGCAAGAGCGAAAGCAAGAGCAAAGAAGACAAAGAAGGAAAAGGGCCCUAAUGAAGAAGAAAAGAAAAAAGAGCACGAGGAAAAAGAAAAGGAAAGGGAGACGGACAAAAAAGGCAUAAAGGAAACAAAGGAAAAUGAUGAAGAAUUUUACAAAAAUAAGUACUCUUCAAAGCCUUAUAAGGUUGAUAAUAUGACUCGUAUACUACCUCAACAAUCAAGAUAUAUUUCUUUUAUUAAGGAUGACAGAUUUGUUCCUGUACGUAAAUUCAAAGGAAACAACGGCGUUGUAGUUUUAAGAGAUAAGGAACCUAAAGAACCUGUAGAGCUAAUUGAAACUGUCAGACAAAUGAAAGAUGUUAACGCUCCACUUCCAACCCCAUUUAAGGUCGAAGAUAAUGUCGACUUUCCUACUGCUUAA